GUUUCCGAAUCCGAACAACGAUGAAUGUUAAGUUUAUGUGAAAAGUAUCGUUUGAAUGUUGUGAAUUCUUGUGUGUGCUAGAUUCCAGAAUAAAGUGUAUUACGAAACAAAUACAACAACAUUCCUAUAAAACAUGAAAUUUCGUUUUUGCGGUGAAGGAGACUGCCCGGACUGGGUACUCGCUGAGAUCCACGCGAACUUAGCACUGCUCACCAUAGAGCAGCUGAGUCAAGUUGUUCACCAUGUAACAAUGUGCAUUUUGGGAGAGGAAAUCCCGGAAGAUAACAUUCGAACCAUAUUCGGCAUAUCUAAAGGAACAAUGGAUACCCCGAAAGCUGCCUUUGCGUGCAUUCGGUUUCUACUGGUAAGUGCCGCUCGGUUCAAUACUGAAAGUUCAGUAUUUGCUACGGAACUCCAACAGUUAGGAUUGCCCAAGGAUCAUACUACAGUUAUGAGCCGAGUACUCGAUGAAUACGUUGGGAAGAUUCGGGCUAAGCUCGGCCAGUCCAGUCUCACGAUUAACGAAUUGCAAGAUGUUACAAGUAGUGUUCCAGAAAACACCGUCAACUGCAUCCAAUUACAGUUCGACAUAAAGAAUGAAAUCGUCAACGGAGUACCACAGCAAACAACUCACAGAAUAAAUAUCAACCGCAGUGAUAUUCCAGUGUUGUUGAAGGAACUAAAAACUGCUAAAGGUUUUAUGGAUGAUUACGAUUACGAAUCGAAACAUAGUGAGUUUAAGUAAAGCUCAUUAUGGAAACAAUAUUAAUAGUUAUCUAAGUUAUAUGGGAACGUAAAUAAAAUGUUAAAAAAUUA